AUGCCGCCAUACUCUUACAGACCGCUCGCCUCUGCCCGUGAGAUCCGGGUGUUUACUUUGUUGGAUGAACCCUUCGACGCCCCCAUUCGUGGCCAUCUGAAGCACGUCUCGCUCGACGCCAAUCCCAUAUAUGAUGCACUUUCAUAUUGCUGGGGCGACGACCAGCGGACACGGCAAAUCAGGUGCAACGGAGUCGAUAUCGAAGUCCCUGACAGUCUUUAUGUGGCGUUCAGAGAACUGCGCCGCCAGGGCAAGCCCUCGAACCUGGUCAUUUGGGCUGACGCGCUCUGCAUCAACCAAGGAGAUGAAGAAGAAAAAACCGAGCAGGUGAAGAUGAUGGACCAGAUCUACCAGAAGGCACAACUGGUUCACGCUUGGUUGGGUGAGAGGUCGAGCGACAGCGACCUAGCCAUGCAAUUUGUCGUCGACCUGGCCAACAAGUUGCAAUCAAUGUACCCGGCCAACGUGAGUCGUCUCAAUUUCGACGAUCCUUCAAGACUGGGACUUCCAUCCAAGCAUGACGCCAAGUGGUAUGCUCUCAGCCGAUUACUCAGACGCCCAUGGUUUUCGCGCGCGUGGAUUGCUCAAGAACUUGCCCUUGCGCCCCGAGUGAUGGUAUCCUGCGGUGCCUACGGGGUCGAGUGGAAAGUCUUCGAGUCACUGUACCACAUGUGCCAAGAAUUCGGAUUGCCCCUGCAUCGAGAAGUCCCCGAACUCAGCGGCGUUGACACCGUGACCAAUUUUGCAGUCAUGUUCAACUUGAGACAAAGUGUUCAGAAGGGUUCCAAGCUGGCGAUGGUCAGCCUUCUGCGGGCCACCAAGAACUUUGGCGCCACGCUGCCACGAGACAAGGUCUUUGCCUUGCUCGGUCUGGCGCGGGACGGGUGGAAAUUCCACCGACAUGUGGAAUAUCGACAGCAAUAUCGUCCUGUCGCCGACGUGUUCCGAGGCGUCGCCGAAACGAUGGUGAGCAACCACCAGGUUUUCGAGAUGUUGAGUCAAGUGCGCCACCCGAAACGCAUCCUGGGACUACCGAGCUGGGUCCCCGACUGGAGUUUUGAUGCCGGUGCUGUCAUGGCGGGAAUUCCGUUCUACGUUCAUCCUACCCAUGCUGCUUCCGGCAUAGGCGAAACAUUCACCCCACAGUGCUCCGGUGGAGAGCUGGUGCUGUCGGGUUGUAUCGUGAGCUAUGUCUCCAGGCUGAGCAGUGUCCUGAAUCCCACGAAUUCUGAAGAGGAAGCGCUCAACACCUACCCUCGUUGGGACAAGGAGUGCAGAGAUCUCGCUGGCAACCUCCACUACUACCCGACGGGAGAAACGGUGGAAGAGGCACAGUGGAGGACGCGAAUCGGGAACAUGUCGCAUUUGGGGAAGACGGCCGACGCGUCGUACGGUCAGAGUUAUCGAGCGUGGUGUGACUACCUCCGCUUGGCCCUGGACCGUCGGGCCGGUCGAUAUAUCGACAUGCACCAGUUUGCACGGCUGGACGUCGAAUCCGACGCGUUCGCGACCGCGCAAACGGCGCAGCUCGGCGGCAGGCGGUUUGCCGUCACACGCGAUGGAUACGUGGGACUGGUACCGGCCUGGAGCAAGCCGACGGAUGAAGUCUGCAUCUUCGCCGGCGCAUCGACACCUCAUAUUGUUCGGAGGGCAGGCAGCGGCUACGUCCUUGUCGGGGAGUGUUACAUCCACGGCUUGAUGAAUGGACAGGCCCUUGGCCAUCGCGGCUUUACUUAUGUGACUAUGACUUUGGUGGAUCAGGCAGUCAUACAAUGA